UUUGGGUCACGCUAACAUUAAAUACUCCGCAUAUUUUAUGAUCAACCUUAUUAGCUUCAAAUUAUUUAGUAACAAUAAUAAUAAUGUAUCCCUAUCCCUGUGGUGUCAAAUGUCUUAUUCUUCUUCUUCUUCUUCUUUAUCAGUGUUGCUGUGGAAUCCAUGCGUUGCAGAGUGACAUUGAUUGCUUGAAAUCGGUUAAAGAGUCGUUGGAAGAUCCUCUGGGUUACCUUCAUAGCUGGAACUUUAGCAGCAAGACUGAAGGAUUUAUCUGCAAGUUCAAGGGAGUUGAUUGCUGGCAUCCAGAUGAGAAUAAAGUGGUAAAUAUCCGACUCUCUAACAUGGAGCUUGGAGGUCAGUUCCCUCUAGGCAUUUAUAAAUGUUCCAGCUUAGUGCAGUUGGAUCUUUCAAGAAACAACCUAAACGGAACAAUACCUUCCAAUAUAUCAAACAACAUCAGCUAUCUUACGAAACUCGAUCUAUCUUCAAACCAGUUCUCGGGUGAGAUUCCUGAUGAUUUGGCAAACUGCACCUACUUAAAUGUGGUGAAGUUAGACAACAAUAAGCUGACAGGCCAAAUUCCACCUCAAUUUGGUUUGUUGACACGCAUUAAGGUUUUCAGUGUUGCCAACAACAGAUUGAUAGGAGCAGUCCCACAUUUUGGAAACCAUUCCAUUCCGGCACGAAAUUUUGCAAAUAAUGAAGGACUUUGCGGAGCUCCAUUGCCGGAUUGCCCAGUACAUGCCAUGAAAGAUCAUUUGUUCCUCACUGGGUUUGUCACAGGUUGGGCCAUCUUUGUGUUGCUCACUUUAUUUAUUCGCCACUUUGGAUUUCCCUAUGCACCAGCAGCUAUAGGAAGGAAAAAUAUAAUAUGUCCUGAGCAAAAGGAUAUUGGGAACCAAGACGACAUGAUUCUGAAGCUGGAGAAGUUUGUGAGCAGAAUGAGUUUUAUGGAAAUGGCAAAUGCAACAUCCAAUUUUAGCCAGGACAAUGUGGUUGGGUGUGGAAGUCUAGGGAAAGUGUACAAGGCAACCCCUCCAAACGGCUGGCUUCUUGCCAUCAAAAGGCUCCACGAGACAGAGAAUUUGGACGACGAGUUCGCCUCAGAGAUCAUGACUUUGGGCAGACUACGCCAUCAAAAUCUGGUGCCCCUUAUAGGCUUUUGCUCCCUAGGGAAAGCCAAACUUCUGGUUUACAAGUACAUGCCCAAUGGCAGCCUGCAUGAGUGGCUACACUCUACACAAGACAGGGCAAAAGCCUUGGAAUGGCCUCUGAGGAUGAAGAUUGCAGUUGGGGUAGCUAAGGUCCUCUCCUGGCUUCAUUACACUUGUGGCUUAAAUGUGGUGCAUAAUGGCCUCUCCUCAAAAUGCAUAUUGUUGGAUCAUAAUUUCGAGCCAAGAAUAUCGAAAUUCUGGGAAGCAACAAUCACGAAUCCCAACAACACCGCUUCUACACGGAAUCAUCCUGUUGAAUAUGGAGACAAUUUCAGCUUUUUCACCAAAGAUGUUUACUGCUUUGGAAUUGUGCUUCUUGAGCUCAUUACCAGAAAGGAAGCCUAUGAAUUGAGCUGCUCUACAGAUAUCAUUUUUGGUAGCUACACAACUAAUCCACUCCAGAUAGAUCAAGUGAUCACACACACAGGAUUUGAUGAUACCAUCUCACAAUUUCUUGAAAUAGCCAAGAAUUGUGUGAAGUUCAUGCCUAAUCAAAGGCCAACAAUGCUUCAAGUCUAUAAAUCACUCUCAUCCAUUUCACAGCCAUGGGUGACUGACAAUAAUGCUUCUGCAAUUUCAAUGGAUUAUUGCACUUAAGAUUGUGUUACAAUUGAGUUACAUAAUUUUUUUUUUUUUUUAAUGAGAUUAUAUUAUAGGUGGUAUAUAUG